AUGAGUGGGUCAAAUACUAAUAGCGGCAAAAUGCCGGGAAUAGUUUCUCCCAGGUUCUCAAAUGCAGCUAGUAAAGCAAACCCAGAUGGUUCGAUGGGAGUGCCGACCGCAGGUGUUGCGUCGAACUCCUUCCCGGUCCCACAAGGGAGUGCGAGUCCUGGUGGGUGUGCAACGAAGUCUAUCAUGAACGUAUCCGGAACCUCUGGAGCCGUCGUUAGCAAUACGCCAGAGCCUGGCCUCAAAAGAGUACCUACCGUGACUUUCAGCGAUUCAAGACAUUUAUCUCUAAAACAGCAAGCCGUUAACAAUUCUGCAAGCCAGCAGGUGAAGCCGGGCGGAGUCGAUGAGCCAGAAAAAAACCUGGAAGGUGCUAGUCCCCAGCUGAGAGCCACUACCUCUCCAACAAGCUUGAAAAACCCAUCCCCACCGCCUCCGUUAAUGAGCACUGAUUCUGGUGCCUCUCAACAGCACCAUAACUCUGCUCAUAACAUGGGUCGUCCUGAGACCAAGAAAACUAACAUAAUGUCGAAGCUUUUGCACUCAGCAGACUUGUUGCAUCACAACUCGGGUUCCAACUCUAACUCAAAUGAACACAGUACCGCAGGUGAAGAAACUUCUAGGACUACUCCUGUGACAUCUGAAAAUGAGUCCAAACGUGAUGUUAAAGACGAACAUGCGCAUUUUGUUGUGGACGACGUCUUGCAUUCACCUAAUUUCUAGUCCAGAUCUAAUAGUUCGAGCCCUAUGCCUUUUAACAGUUCCAACAAUACUUCAUUCCAGCUGGGAGAGAAGAAGCAAGACUUGGUGUCUAGACAACAAGAACCGACGAUUUUGGAGGAGGAAGCGAAUGCCGAAACACCUCUGGACCAACUGUCUAAUUUUCAUGAAAUUGCUCCCAACAUUCCUAAGCGAGAGGCUGGCAAAAAUUCUGAGCCAAGACUUCCUCAGGAUGAUGGCAAGCUACAUGUUCUUUUCGGAGCCACUGGGUCACUUUCCGUCUUGAAGAUUAAGGCGAUGAUCAAAAAACUAGAGGAAAUUUACGGCAGAGAUAUAAUAUCUAUUCAAUUGAUUCUGACGCAAGCUGCAGCUCAGUUCUUUACCAAUAAAUCCAAGAGGCCUGCUAAAGCUGAGUCUCGUUCUGUUUCAGAAACGGCAGUCCCGGGCAACCAUUUGAGCAACUUUUCGCCAGAACUCAAUGCUGCCAAGGCUCCUGUUUGCAACCCUUGCGCUGCAGCACAUAAUCACAAUAUUAAUGUACCGGGCAACUCCAAUGGACUUGCUGCUGGUGCAGCUUUAAAGAUCGAGUUGCCCGCUCAUAUCCAAGUAUGGACAGACCAAGACGAAUGGGACGUAUGGAAACAACGAAUGGACCCUGUGCUACACAUUGAGCUACGUCGGUGGGCCGAUAUAUUGGUGGUGGCCCCAUUGACGGCAAACACACUGUCGAAGAUUUCACUAGGAUUAUGCGACAACUUGCUUACGAGUGUUGUUCGCGCUUGGAAUCCGACAUUUCCGAUAUUUUUAGCACCUUCAAUGGUGAGCAGCAGUUACAAUUCCACUAUAACAAAACGACACCUCAAGAUGAUCAAAGAAGAGAUGCCGUGGAUUACAGUUUUCAAGCCCUCGGAAAAAGUGAUGGGCAUCCACGGCGAUAUAGGAUUGGGAGGCAUGAUGGACGCCAAUGAGAUUGUCGACAAGGUGGUGAUGAAAUUGGGCGGUUACCCCAAGGACGGCGACGAGAAUGACGACGAUGAUGAAGACGACGACGACGACGACGACGACGACGAUGAGAGCAAGACCACCCGUCAAAAAGAGGAACGCUCGCUCGACGAAGAUGAUGACGACGAUGACGAUGAAGACGAUGAUGAUGAUGAAGACGAUGAUGAUGACGAGGACGAGGACGAGGACGACGUCGACGAGAAACUUAAUAAGGAGGUACAACCUCGGAGCUCCACAAAUCUAGAGCUAGCGUCUCAAAUAUCUCGGUAA